UUUUCGCAAUGUGGGCAUUUUCACCGUCGCUCCCAUACUGAGUAGCAACCCCAGUGAUUACUAUAACUGGCUUCGUGCGAGGACUAAAGCGCAGAUGGUGGAGGCAUACCGCUUCCACAAGAAACAACUUCAGUUAAUUUUACUUGCGAGGGGAACAGAUUUCAUCGAAAAGAGGCAACAACUUUUCCUAAAAGAGGCAAUGCACAGCGCUCACCUAGACGCCAUACUGGAGGUGUAUCCCGACGCUCGUUUUAUCCAUACGUUCCGAAACCCUUGCGCAACUGUGGCGUCCCUUUGUUCUCUCAAGGAGUGGACACUUCGAAUGUACGGCUGCAAAAUUGAUAAAAGUACACUGGAGAAGAUAGGUCAGAUAUUUUUACGCAACCCCUUGUUUCAAAGUGGCAACGAGUUGGUAAAGUUCAGAAAAAAGAACAAGGAGGAAGAAAGCCGUUUUAUAGAUAUUAAUUAUGAAGAUCUUGUUGCAUCUCCAAUCGAGGCUGUCAGGCGGGUAUACGGACACUUUGGAAUGACAUUGUCUGAUCAAGCUUUAGAGAAAAUGAACGCUUACCAACGAGAAAAUCCCCAAAACAAGUAUGGGCGCCAUAAGUACAAUUUGGCAAGAUAUGGCCUCGGGGAGGACGAGGUGUUAGAAUAUUUCAAAGAGUACAUAGAUUAUUUUGACGCUUCUAGGUGGUAGGAUGGGCGGCUACUGAAGUGCUAUGGUGCAUUUACAUGAUCAUUAUUUAACAGUUUUGUGUAAUGCCAUAGCAAAUGAAAAGCAUCUUGUCUUUGAGAUAUUAACUGUAAUCUUGGAUCAGCCAGCGAUUCACUUUGUAUGUUAAAGAAAC